GCAACCGCGGGAAUUGAAUUGCGAAAGAUUCCGUCCUGUAUUGAAUCGCCACAACGACCCGACGACAAAACAUCGCCGCACCGCAUCGAACCCCCCGAACGUGUCUAUCGAUCAAUCGUACUCCGAAAAUGUCGUAUCCUUCAGCAGCUCCCUUUAUUCUCAGGCGGCCGUGGCUCAAGAAGCUGCUCAUGCCCGUUGCUGAGUGGCACGCAAAUGCUGCUGGUUACCGUCAGAUGGGUCUCAGGGCCGAUGAUCUGAUCCCCGAGGAGAGCGAGACCGUCCAGGCUGCUAUCAAGCGCCUCGACCCCAAGGAGAACUACGACCGCAUUUUCAGGCUCCGUCGUGCCGCACAGCUCAGCUUAUCGCACCAAUUGCUACCCAAGAGCGAGUGGACUAAGCCAGAGCAGGACGUUCCGUACCUGCUCCCGAUUAUCAAGCGCGUCGAGGCCGAGCUUGCCGAGAAGGCCGCCCUCGAUGCCGCCGAGGUCCUUCCUAAGAGCGCUCACUAGAGCAUUGAUUCGACAGCGAGAGAGAGAAAAAAAGAACGGAAACCAUUUAAUUACGACCUUUGCGAUGGAGGAAGGCGCACCAUUACCAUUGAACGGUGGAGGAGGCGGGACUGUCUCAGCAAUGCCGUUAAUCCUUAACCUGGAGCAGUUUCAAGUUCUCCUGACGACUAGCUGAUCUGCUAGCCAUUAAAGAGAAUUUGGAUUGCUUGGUCAAAUACGCUGAUCCUAGCGUAACACAUUUUUUUAUAUCAGUGUUCCCUCUUGGUCUUCCAGACUGGGACUGUUUGAAUUUAGACGACUGGAAACGGUCAAGCAAAAGUCGCGUUACUUGUGGAAACCCUGUAUAUCAUACAUUAGACUAUCUACCUGCAAACUCGUAACUCCGCAGCAAUUUUCUGGUUCCAUGAAUGCUUGACUGUUG